AUGGCAUGGCCAGCGCGUCUCCUAGCUUCGGCCUUGGUGGGACUUGGCACGGCAGGGCAGGAGGUGCCUGCGCUGCUCUGUGCCAACGUCACGCAGUCUCGCUUUGAUCCUGAUUGCCUGCCUCCGGGAGUUCGAGAGUAUUCCGAUGUAGGGCAGGUGGGUAAGGACCCGCCGUACGUUUACCUCCAGUGGAUGUUGGCUGAGACAUGUGGAAUUCACAUGGCCGAAUUCAAGACACAGUUCGCUACACUUCCGCAGGUGUUGUCGAGAGGAAUGAAGAGCGUGUUCCUUAACUUCUUCGUCUAUGUGAUUGGGAACUUCUUGGCCGUUGGGGCUAUGAGCAUUUUCUACAUCGCCCCCCAAGGGCGGCGUUGCUGGGGGCUCUUUCGGGUGGGCUCCAUGGGCUACAAGAGACUUGUUGGACCAAUGUAUUUUGUAUUGAUGGCCCUGGCAGCGUGGAUCGCUGUGGGCCUGGCCUAUCGUUUUUUCACAGAGCUACAUGCCUUCAGACAAUUGGUGCACCAGGAGGCGAAGCGAGGCAGCUGGCCACUCCAAAGUGGAGGGAGAGUUCAAGUGCCCAGCCCAAGUGUCGCCUGUGUCUAUGUCUUCGAGCUGCGCUGGGUGACCUACCGACACUGCUUUGACAUCCUGGUACUUAUGACGUUCACAAGCAUGGACCUUAUAGCUUGCAUUUUCGAGUUUUGCUGGACAUGCCUUAUCGCUUGCUUUGCAUAUUGCAGAUGCUUAUGUUGCUUCUGGUGCAAAGGUUGCUGCGGCAUAUGCGGCUGGAUGAUCUGCAACUGUUCAUCGGCGGUUUGCUGUUUAUUGCCGAUCGCCUUGCUCUUCCUCUACAUUGUGUCAGGACUAGUAGGGGCAACGAUCCUCUGCACAUUGCUGCUGGCAGCUGCCAGUGGACUGCUUGUCGCCUUUUCUCUCGGCCUCCGCUAUGCGCUGGCUGCUCUGACUGGCUGGUUCUGCAAGCCGUUGCCACUGGCGUCCUGGGUGGACCAGGUGAUGCUGCUGCACCCACUUCCGCCAGGUUCCCCAUAUUUCACGACAGCCAUGGUUGUGCGCGAGCCGAUGAACGAAGACGAGCGGAUAAACGACCUGAAGCUGCAGGAGGCAACGCCGCUUGCCAGCUCCUUCGAUGUAGACGAGGCACAUAUGAGUUCUGACUACACAAUCUGGGAAAACCACUUGGGAAUGCCAAUGCACAUCCUGAACUAUGCCUUCCCGGCAUGGUACACCAUGACCUUCAUCCCAUCAGUGCUGAUGAUUGUGGUGGCAAUAAGUUUUCUUCGGAGCAACGAGAUCUUGUUCGCAAAGUCCAUGGCAGAGUCUGACCUGGCCUGGUUGCCAGCUGGCCCGAUAUCAACCUGGCAAUACCAUUGGGUCGUUCUGCAAGCUGUCUUUGAGGGAGUCACUGACGGCUUCCGUGGAAUCUUUGUGGACGUCCCUGUGGCACUUGUCACAGCACCGAAAUCGACAGCGAAACACGUCUGGGACAUUGCAGAGAAGGGUAUUGACGUGGUGAACCUCUUCAAAGCAGACCGGCGGGAGUCGCCAACAGAGCCUCUGGACGACGGGCAGUUUAAGGGCAACUUUGAUGACUUCGAGUCAACCGUGGUGCUCCUCCGGUUGGUCUUGACCAUGCUCUUCGGCUGUCUCCGUCUCACAGCCAUCAUUGCCCGGACACCGGAUGAGUCGGAUAGUCAAGAGGAUGAGGGUGACGAGGAGGAGGACGAGGAGUCCAGCGACGAGAAUGGAGUGUGCUUGGCAUAG